AUGAAACCCCGCUCUAUCGAUACGGCCAUGGCUGAAGCCUUGAGCAAUCUCAACCUGAUCAGCAGCCAUUUCCGCGACCAUGGACAGCACCAAGCUGCUAACGAGAUCGGAAAGCUGAGCAUCAUGAUCGUGAACAAGUUCUCUGAGGGCAUCGUGAAUAUCCCUGCAGAGGAAUAUGCUGUGGAGAAGCCGCAAGCUGGUCCCAGUCGAGUCACUGUGCCUGCCCAGUUCCCCGACUUCAACCCCCUCCAGAAGCGAGCCGUCGCAGCCCUGAUGAGUCAGGUUGACAAGGAGAACCGUGACCCUGCCGAUACUGAGAGCAUUGCAGCCCAGAAGAUGCCGGCCCAGGAUGAACAGCUUCUUCCGAGUGGAAGCUGGGCCCAGGUCGCCGGCUCGGCACCCGAGGAUAGGGCCCUUCCUCGUGACAUGGCGCAGUACAUGUCACCCAUGUCUCUGACUUCAGGCUCUGUGUCCAAGCAGAGCCAGAACAGUGACGGGGAGGGCGAAACGCGCGAACCAGCAAAUGCGGAGGCCGCGCUUCCCGCGGCUCUGUUGCCGGAUAUUCCUGAAGCCAAAGCAGGAGUCAUCCGUGUCUACGGAAGAAUCACCCGCGACUUUAUCCAGUACAUCACCACGCGUAUCCAUGAAGGACCGCUGCAGGACAUCCGCGUCGAGACCAAUGGAAGGACCAAGGUGACCUUCCAGCAUGCGGCUCAGGCCCUUGCUUUCCUGAAGUCCAACCAGGACAUGGAGCAGUUGUUGGGAUAUGGACGCCUUGGUAGCGGCUACCAUGUCGAGCUGGCGGAGAUCGUGGACUGGAACGAAGACCAUCGUCGCAUGAACCAGCCUAUCCGCGAGCGCCGCCGCCUCUCCUUCGCCAGAAAGAGGCUCUUUGCUGAAGGCAUGUCCCCCGAUAAGUGGAAGCAGGACAUCCGCGCCCUGGCAGGACCUGGAAACAUCGAUUUCCUUUGGGUCUUCAACUCUGGUAACGCGACUGCCGUGUUCACGAGCACCACCGUGGCUCGCCGCGUGCUGGAGAUGUUUGACGGAUGGAAGAAUGGCCGAAACGUCUACAGUGGCGUCUCGGUGACCUACUCCUCGGACCCGUGCGAGAAAGAGUUGGUGUUGGUUCGUGAGACCAACCGCCCGGGCAUGGCCAGAAACUUCGUGAAGCGAUCCUUGCGAUAA